AUGCAUACAGAGCGAUCAAUACGUUCUCGCAAACGACCACUUUCACAGCAACUAUCCGCCGACGCAUCACCCAACCAGACUCGCAAAAAGCGAAAAGUCAAGCAUCCCAGCGGGUCCCAGCUCCCUGCAGCGUUUUGGGAUAAUCUGUCAGAAAUUUGGUUGACACAUAACGCACUUCAGGAGCUCGAUCGAAGGAACAAACAAGCUCCAGCAAACGUUUCCCCAAAACACAAUCCUCGCACAUUUCAGGAAGGUGCGACCUGGUAUCGGAACGGCAGGGACUGGGCAAAGGAGCAAAGAGACGAAGCAAUAAGACGAGCAAACGAGAAAGCUACUCAGAAUAUCAUUAGGUCCAGUGCCGUAAAUACGAGCUUCAGCACAGUUUGUGAAGUAUCGAGUACCGAGUCAAUCACUGAGCAAUCCUAUUUCUCGUUCAGCGGCACAAAUACAAUUGAGACACAUUCAUUGCAGUCGACACGUUCACUUUCGCCAAAACCAUCUCAGGAGGAAUAG